AUGAUUCGACCAGGCACCUCGCUGACCAAGCAGAAGCAGAAGCAGCGUCAGGCGGCUCCUCGCGCAGCGCCGGGCAAGAAGAAAGAAACCGCAAGGCCGAGCUUAGAGGAGUUCCUCGAGGUUUGCGACUAUGUUGGCGCGGUCACGCUACUGGAGUUUGAGAAGAAGACGCGGGAAGAUCGGCCACACUUGUUGAUGUGGCUGGCAUAUAGUUACUUCCACAAUGGUGACUACAAAAAGUCCAUCGACACCUACGACGAAGCCAUGAGAAAGGAGAAUGAUCCGAACAUACCAGUCUACAAGGCCUGCUGCCACUACGCUCUGUGCCAAUAUCAGGAAGCCGAGGAGGAAGCAACUAAGGCUCCCGACAGCCCUUUGAAGUCGCGGGUUCUCUUCCAAACAGCGCACAAGCGCAACGACGAGAGUGCCAUGAUGAUUCAUCACCAGGCACUGUCCGAGAGCAAGGAAGACCAGCUAUGCCUUGCGGCGAUACAGUACCUCAGGAGCCAUUUCCAGGAGGCCACUGACAUCUACAAGAGGAUGCUGGUGGAGGAUCGGGAGGAUCUAGCCCUGAACGUCUACAUCGCCUUUUGCUACUACAAGCUCGACUACUACGACGUGGCAUUAGAGAUUCUGCAGGCCUACAUCACGCAGCAUCCCCAGAGCAUCGUCGCUGUUAACCUCAAGGCUUGCAGCCACUACCAGCUGUACAAUGGCAAGGCAGCCGAAGCCGAACUCAAAGUACUGCAGCAAGCCUCGAGCAGUGGCAAUAUUUUUCAAGAGCACGACCUGCUGCAGCACAACCUGGUCGUGUUCAGAAACGGCGAGAACGCGAUACAAGUCCUGCCACCGUUGUUGGACAUUGUCCCGGAGGCGCGGCUGAACCUCGUGAUCUACCACCUCCGACUGGGCGAGGCGCAAGAGGCUUACAACCUCAUCAAAGACCUGGAGCCUUCGAUGCCCCGGGAGUACAUCUUGAAGGGCGUCGUCUUUGCUGCACUUGGACAGGCCACCAACUCGCGAGAACACCUCAAGUUGGCACAGCAGCUUUUCCAGUUGGUGGGCGCUUCGGCAUCCGAGUGCGACACGAUUCCAGGCCGACAGUGCAUGGCAUCAUGUUUCUUCCUGCUUCGACAGUUUGAAGAUGUUCUGGUCUAUCUGAAGUCCAUCAAAGCGUACUUCUCCAACGAUGAUGACUUCAACUGGAACUAUGGCAUUGCGUGUGCCUCUUCAGGAGACUACAAGGAAGGAAAGGAACCUGCGGUCAAGCUGCAAGCGGCUAAGUCGUCAGUUCUGCUGGAUGAGCUGGCUCUCCCGCUGCCACAUCAUGAGCAACGCAUGGACACCAGCAACGAGUCCUUCAACUUGCUCCAUCUCAUAGCCAAUGACUGCUACAAGAUGGGGCAGUUCUACUAUGCCUGCAAAGCCUUCGAUGUGCUGGAAAGGUUAGACCCAGACCCAGAGUUCUGGGAGGGCAAGCGGGGUGCCGCCGUGGGCAUCCUCCAACGCGCGGCCGCCGGGAAGGAGUCGCCGGACAAGCUCCAGGAGGUGGUCCACAUGCUGCGGAACUCCAGCAACCCACAGGCCGACUUUCGAGUCCUGUGA